AUGUCGUCCUCCUCUGCCCCGCGCUCAUUCUCGCCUUCCACGGCCGACGCACCCAGCCUGGCCCCGCUCACCUUCCAGGACCGCAUCGGCGUACCCCUCCACGCGACAAGGCACUCUUCCCGCGUCCUCUCCCAGUCGACCCGCAUCCACAUCCUCAACGACAAGCUCACCGACGACCAAGCACGCCAGCUUGGCCACCUCGUCGUACACCUCGGAGGACAACUCACCUCGACACCGAGCGCGGCCAACAUCAUCAUCACUGCGCUCACUGCGCCGAAACGCAUCGCAAAGCACAUACACCCAGACGAUGCCGCUUCAAAAUUCCUCGUCAGCCCGCAAUGGCUCCACCACGUCCAGCGCACCGGCCUCCUCGUCGAUCCAGACGAGUAUGCCGUCACACGAAGGUCAGGCACAAAGAGAGCACUGGACGACCACCAGACUGAAUCGGCCCAGCAUUCAAAGAGGCCUAGACUCGACAGCGACACCCUACUAGAUGGCCACAACGCCACCGACACGCCGAGCGGCCCAUCGCAAGCAGACAGCGAGCGCCCGUUCCCCUGGCAGAAUACAAAGUUCGCCUGCAAGAGGCCGUCGCCCCUCAAGUGCAUCAACCAGGCGCUCGUCGACGAGCUCGAAGUCAUCCACGCAGAGCGACGCCUCACCGGCGACUCGUACUCGGAGAUGGCCUACAUGCGCGCCCUCUCGGCCAUCAAGGCCUACCCGCGCUCCCUCGCAAACGCCCCCUCGCAGGCCGACAAGAUUAAGGGCGUCGGCAAAAAGGUCGCCCUGCUCGUCCACCAGUUUUUCACCGAGGGCCGCAUCGUUGAAGCCAAGAUUAUCCGCCGCGACCCCGCCAUCGCCACCAUCAAGAGUUUCACUGAGCUGUACGGUAUCGGGCCGGUGGGAGCGCGAGAGGCGUACAACGAGGGAUGCCGCUCCUUUGCGGAUGUUCUGGGCAAGGGCCGAAGCCUUGCUACGGCUCUGAGCGUUUCAGAGAGCCUUCGAAUUCUCCCGGAUCUGAGGCGCCCCAUCCCGCGACACGAGUGCGAGUCCAUCACAGAAAUGAUCAUGACGAUGCUCGACGCAAUCCUGCCCGGCUGUGUGCACACCAUCUGUGGCGGCUACCGGCGCGGAAAGGCGCAGAGCUACGACCUCGACAUUGUCGUCGGCCACCCGCGGGCCAGUCGGGCCGUUCUGCAUUCGCUCUUUGACAAGAUGAAACGACAGGGCCUCGUAUCGCACGUCGUUAGCAUCUCGACGCCGCAGGACGACGAGGCGACUGACGUGCAUGUCGAUGUGGCCCACCUCGUCGUCGUACCGCCCAACAGCGGCGGGUUGCAUCGCCGGGUCGAUCUGGUCUUUGCGCCAGAGACCGUCUACGGCGCAGCGGUGCUGGGCUAUACGGGCUCAAUCGUGUUUGAGCGCGAUAUCCGCGUGUGGUGCCGCAGUCGAGGCUACAAGUUCUCGUUCACGGGCGUGACGAGGUUGGCAGAUAACGUCGUGGUCGAUACGCCCACUGAGGAGUCGGUCUUUGAGCUGUUCGGCUUGCCCUUCAUGCCGCCGAGGUGGAGAAACUGCGAUGCCUGA